AUGGCAUCACGAAUUGACCCGAAGGAGGCAGCGGGCCCUGUCGCGGCAGCCAAUGAGCCACCGCUAUCAAGGAACCCGAUGCAACGCACAACUUCCAAUAUCGGUCUUCCGGGUCUGCCAGCUCCCGUGCAGUCCUUCGUGCCAGCCCCCAUCGGCUCGCACGUGCCAGAUCCCGUGCAGUCCUACGUGCCAGAUCCCGUGCAGUCCUACGUGCCAGCUCCCGUGCAGUCCUUCGUGACAGCCCCCAUCGGCUCAGAAAAGCUGAACCAGGACGACGAAGAACUGCCCGCGAUGGCUCUCCAGCUGCCGAUUGAGAAGCGUGAGGUGUGCAGCUACAACAGCGACCUGGGCGUGGGAGUUCGCCCGCAGACCCCGGACACACGGUCGCCGUCCGCCCUGUCCGGAGAGACCUUUGGCGAUGCUAACCUGCAGGCGGAGGAAACAAGACUGUCUCUGCCCCUGGCAGCCUAUGACUGCCAGUCUGCAAUGACGCCAAAGAAGCCGAUUGCAGCAAUGGAUCCAAAGACGCUCCACGUAGCAGAUGACUCCGUGGCUACAGCUUCCACAAAAUGGCAUCGUGGGCGAAAUGGCCCAAGAUCAGCCGGCGAGGGGCUUGCCAUGCGUGGGCCCCCGCCAUUUUGCAACCGCCGUCUCCUCCGUGCCGGCAAAUGUGGCCCACGCUUCUAG